UCCUGUCGCUUCAGUGUCGUGCGCGAUUCCGUACGCGGCGCUUGGUGAGGUGGCAACUGUGUCGGAACACGAGUCGCGCGCCACGCUCUCUCGCCGACAGAUCGGUGACAGAUCGUACACGCGGCGCACACUUCAGCCCCGGAGGUCCCAUCGCGAGAUCCUCCUCGCAGUGACGAUCGAGCUCGACGAUCGAUCUCGCCGCGCGGAAAAUCGUAAUGCAACGACGAUCGCGGGAUUGGGAGAUCGAGUCGCAAACGAGAAACAUCGAGACUCGCAUUGAUCAUGGGAAAGCUCGACACGCGCGAUUGGCACGCGUUUAGAUAGAAACAUGCUGGAGCCUGAUACCCUUCGAUAAUCACUCGCACGGAAUAAUACGACCGACGGCGUCAAAAUGACGCGGGUAUAAUAGAAACAGUUUGGCAGCCGGGAGAGGAUUAAUCUUCAGACCUGACUAAAGCCCGGGGUCCCACCGGUAGACAGGUGGCUUGUCAGUCAUCCCGCCGCGAAAUAGGAGCUCGUGCCGCGAUAAAGCCACGCGAUAGUAAAUCACAAAGUUGGCGGGAUUUCGCGCGGCUGUCAGGCGGAAACGCUGUUCCACUCCGCUCCGUUCCGAGCUGACAACACCCUCUUCGGCACGUCACGCGGCCGACAGGCGUGUUUUACGAAAUGCAUCGCGCCAAAACGACGAUCUCCUGAGGAAUUUCGCCCCCGACCCGGUCAUCGUCGCCAUUGUCGUCGUCGUUAUCUUUAUUAUUGUCAUUACAGCGAAACGAGCCCGCUGACCUGCCCGACGCGAUUCUCGCUCGUCAGCCCGCCGUAAAUAACCGUCACGCACUUUGGCGAGCACGGCUGGCGAAGUCCUCGGGUCGCGUGUACGUGUGUGUUGCCACGGUGGAAUCCCGUUCGUAAUGACUCGUAAUUGCGCGGAGGAGGAGCCGACGUCGAGCUGGAACGAUUUAAGGGACACCUAGCAGCGCCACCCGCACCCUCCGUUUAUAAUGAUUAGGUGCACGCGACUACGGGGAUUACCUGGUUGAAGUGGAGGACCCCGAGGUGCCCCGAGACGCGAGGGUGGACGGAGAGACGCGGAGAGGCUAACGUGAGGUUGAAAUCUGAAUACGGAGGGGAGGGGGGUGGUUGGUCGCGACCCCGGCGAACUUCGUCCCUGGUACCUCUCGGCCAAACGAUCCGACGAGGUGGUUGAUCGUUAACACGCUCGGGUGCGGAUCAUCGGCAUUUUCACGGCGUACUCGGUCGUUGAAAAGAAUUCAAUUGGAAGGGCGUAAUGGACACGUCACCGACGUUAAGCAUCGGCGGUUCGAGGGCCAGAGCGGCCCUUUUGACCACCAGCGGCACCGGAACCGGCAGCACCGACAGACGGGUCGUCUUUUUAGCAAGUCAACCCUCGGUCGGCAGCAGUCACGAGACCAAAACCUGGCCUCACCACUGGUCGCCGCACACGACCGGAAACAGUUACAAAUCGCCAGAGGAAUCGCCGCACACGGAACACGGCAGACUGAGAAUGUCCCGGGGCCAAGGAGGAUGGUCCGACGAGCCUUGCACUUCCGGUAGUGCAAGUCGUCGCGGUGGAACACGACAAACAGCGGGAUCAUCUUCGAGAACGUCAACUUCCGUUUUGGAGGAACGCGCUUCCGGCACCACGCCGUGUAAAGGUGGCUUCAGAUUAGGAGUCUACGGCUGGAGAAAGAGAUGUCUUUAUUCUCUCGUGUUGACCCUUAUGGUCAUCGUUAUUCUCAACCUCGCCCUUACCGUUUGGCUCCUUAAGGUCAUGGGAUUUAGUUCCGAAGGUAUCGGCUCGCUAAAAGUGGUGCCUGGGGGAAUCGAGCUAAGAGGUCAAGCUGCCGUGUUAGACGCCCUCGUGGCCUCUAGUCUGAGAUCUCGGAGGGGCAAAAACUUAGUGCUGGAAUCAUGGAGUAAUUUUACGGCCUCGGCGAGAUCUCACGAUGGUCGGCUUCUCGCGCGAUUAACAGUUGGAGAGGAUCGUGUCGAUUGCGUUUCUAGAGGUUUCCGGAUAACCGAUCCGCGAGGAGGAGUACUCUUCUCCGCGGAAAAGGAACGAGUUAUCGUGGGGGCGGAUAUGUUGAGGGUAACCGGCGACGGUGGUGCCGUUUUUCAAGGGAGUGUGCAGACUCCGCUGGUCAGAGGAGAAUCGGGACGCGGUCUUAAACUCGAAUCAGCGACGAGGUCCUUGAAGAUAAGCGCUCCUCAGCGAGUUGUGAUCGAGUCCUGGGCGAGCGAGAUUUCAGCUUCCUGCCUCACAGAUUUAAAGCUACAGAGCGUACAUGGGGCCAUCCGGCUUGAUGCCAAGUCCGUCUACAUCAAGGGUUUAAAAACGGCGAUUCCGGUGCAAGGACAUUCGUCCAGGGAACAACAGCAACAGCAGCAGCAACAGCAGCACUCCGGCAGAUCUUCGUCUGCUCAUCAGAGUCAAAAGGAGUCGACGAUUUAUCAGUUGUGCGCCUGUGCAAGCGGCAAGCUGUUCCUCGCCAGGCCAGACGGCAGUUGUCAAGCCGACAAAUCGAUUUGCUAAUACGAUUAUGCGGUUCGACGAUGCGUCGCGAAAGCACAGGAUGAUCUGUUAGGAAUUAUAACGAACUGUGUGACUCGGUGAUCUUAGUGACAAAAAGAAGAGAGA